UCACUCUUUAGAUCGUAGCACCACGGUGAAACCAGCAGUCUGCACAUUUACUCAUCAUGAUGAAGCAGCUUCUGUCUCUCGUCUGGAUGCUCUGCAGCACAGCUGAUGCUCUUCGGUGCCUGCAUGAAAUAAACAACACUCUAGUCCUACUGCCGUGUGGCUCUGAUGAUGACAUGUGUGCAACGGCUGUCCUGCAAGCUAGCGUACAUGGCUAUCACUACGGGCCGAGCCUCGUCAGGACCUGCGUGCCAUCUGCUUACUGCACUGACCGCGAGCAGAUCGUUUCAUACACUUAUGCUGUUUGGAGGGAGGCCGUGUCUAUUCAGUGCUGCAACACUGACGGCUGCAACAGUCAGAAUGUAACCUACCCUGAUUUACAUACAGAAAACGAUCUGAUGUGUUAUACCUGCAAUGAUGUUUUCAGCCCUAUCUGUAACAUGUCAGUGCGGUGUGUGGGAUACCAGGACCGCUGCAUGAGUGGACACGUGACGAACGGUGUGUGGAGCUUUCCGGUCCGCGCCUGCGUGUCUGCGGACGGCUGUGAAGCCAUGGCUCGGCUGACAGCCCAUCAUGCUUUGAGGGCCAAUACUAACGUGACCAGUGAAACAACAUGUUGCGAUACCAGCUUCUGUAACUCGGCCGGGACCCUCAAACUGAGUGUGGUUCCUCUGCUGCUUGGUCUCAUUGGCCGUGUUGUCUAUUAGAGCCAAGACCAGAGUGGAACAGAGCUGGGGGGUAAACUGUGAUUCAGAGCAGGACCACGAAAGUCGCAGACAUCGGCCUUAUCCUCACUCACUUCUCAAAAAGAGCAAUUUUAAGCACAACAUCUGCACCCCAACAAAAAAAAACAACUAUGCUCUUAGUUGGCCAGUUCAUUAGGUACACCUCAAUAAUGCCGUCUGAUCCAACAGUCCUGCAGGGACUCCUGCCAGAUGUUCACUACUGUUGACGUGUUGAUUCGACCGCAUGAUCGUGACAGUUUGUGGUGCUGUUGAGCUGUACUGUGCCGACAGGUGUUUCCUUUAUUUAGCCUGCCCUCACUAAUGGAAACACCUGUCAACAAACAAUUCAGCACCACAAACUGCAGCCACCGAAAUGAUCAUUCAGUCAAAUCAACACAAAGCCUGAACAGUUUAACCUUCAUGAAUGCAUUACACUGCAUUUGUUUUAGCUAGGUGUAUCUAAUGAACUGGCAACUGAGUGGAUAUGUUGUUGUGACAUUUAUUCCAGACGUGGCCUGAGCAGCUAAAACCUGUUACUGAGUGAGAAACUAAUUUUCUAUAAUCUGUCCGUAUGUUUUCUGCUGCCCCCUUAAAAACCAGCACACCCAGUUGUUCUCCAGUAAGGUCUGUUCCUCUUUUACCUUUGUUCUCCACCUUCGCUUACAACACCGCAUGAUGACAGUUAAUGCUACAGUCAUCUCAUUUACACUGAAGUCACAUUUCAGGAAGUAGUUGUGAAAGUGAUCAUCUUAUCAUAUUUCUGCUGUAACUGAUUUAUUAACGUAAAUGAAUGUUUGCUCAUAUUGUUUUUACUUUGAUGUUCAAACUAUGCUAACAAAACUUUUAAGAUCUUUGAGAAUAAAAUGUCCCUGGAUCAUCUGC